UUACUCUCUAAACACCUCUUCCCUCUUCACACCUUUCACUUUUUUUAAUCGAAAAUCCUCAAAAAUAACUUCUGGGUCUUUCUCAAACAUGUUGUAAACAUCAAUUUUGAGCUUAAAAUCACUCUGUUUCGUUAAUUUUUAGCUCUGAAGAAGAAAAAAAACAAUGGCGUCUUCUGAUAAUUUGAUGACAAUGGAGCAAUGGGGUUUUCGUCCUGCCUUUAACGAUUCAUGGUUCUCUGAUAUCUUCGCUAAAGAAACUGAAACACUAACGAAAGUCCUACAGAAAUCAUUUUCCGGCGAAGGGAAUGAGGUUGUUUUGCCGACUGUAGAAAUGGGUUUCCCGUUUUUAACUCCGAGUGCAUCUGGGCCGACGUUUUCCGGUGGGUCGGAGAACGACGGUGCAUCCACCGCCGUUUCGGUGAAGCGGCGAGGCAGCAACGGUGGUGGUGGAGUGAGUAAAAAGAUCGUGAAGCGAAAGCCACGCGCGUCAAAGCGCGCGUCGACUACGUACAUAACGGCGGACGUUGAUAGUUUCCGGCAGAUGGUACAGCAGGUAACAGGAGCUAGAAUCGGCGAGAACGGGAACGGAAACAGACAGUUGUCGGUUUCUUCUAUUUUGAAGCCGGAGCCGAGACGACCGGUUGACCGGGUACAACCGGUUAGCUGUUUGCCUACUCUUGAUACGUCAGCUUUUCUACUGGACCCCACUUCAUCGUUCAUGCAUCCACCACCGGCGGGGAGUAUCGCCGCUGCACAUCAGCCGUCUACGGUGGUCGUUGACGGUGGCUAUGGUUUUGACUCUUUUUGUGGCUUUCCUACCCUUGAAUCAGGAAUGUAAUGCUAAUGAAGUAGUAGUACUAUUAGGGACUUUGUUGUAAUUUCCCUUUGUAGUUUAGAGGAGGGGUAAAAUGGGAAAAUCAGAUCUGUUUAUAGUUUGAUGUAGCUUUGAGGGAUUAUUGAAUCAUUAGAAGUUGAUAUUUUCUUAACAAAAAUUUGGUUAAAAGAAGGGGGAGUGUGUAUUUGGUUGGUUUAUAGUUUAAUGUAAUUCCAUGAAGUUUCUUUUUAGUUUCA